AUGAUUUGUAAAAAAGGGAACAUAUUAAAAACAUUUCUAAGAAAAGUCUAUAAUAUGGAUUCAAAACAUUUUACUAAUGAAUUACAUCAAAUUAUAAGCAUGCUGACUUUUAAUUCUUGGAAUGUACAUGAAUCUAAUACUUACAGUUGUAUAACUUAUGUUUUUAUUAAUAGUUAUCACGAUAACUGGGAUAAUGCUAAAGAAUUGUAUGAUUACUCUAUAGAUUUUGUUCACCUUAAUUCUAUUAAAGAUGGGUGUGGUGGUAAUUGUAAUGAUGUAUGUGAUUACCUUAAUAAAAUAGAUAAGUUGUGUCAUUGGACGCCUCAGAUAUUAGAUACUGUUGCAGUAGAUGCAUCUCAUAUAGAAGAAGUAGCACCUCGUGUUGAAGAAGAGCUUUCCAGUACUUUAUUAAUUCUAACGUAUUUUCAGGUGGAACCAGAAUUAAUAAGUGACGAAUCAAAGUCUCUAAGAGUGUUUGAUAAUACUCUUUUAGGAUUAGUUCUAAAAUCUAUCUUAUUUUGUGUUUUAUAUAAAGUAAAUGUUAAUUACAUUAAUUUAUAUAAAUUUUACUAA